UCCGAUGUCGCACGACGAAGCCACCAGCGAAGCGGAGGGGACAACCGCCGCACGGAGACACGAACAGACCCCGCAGCUAGCGAGAGAUUCGGGGGGCCUCCGCCGUUUCGCUCGCGGCGAUCACCUCGCAACCGCCGCCUCAGCCGCCGCGGCCGUCUCCGUUGCCGGGGAGCGCUCUCCGGCUCGGCCUCCGAGCAAUGUUCCUUGUUACCAUCAUUAGCAGGUGAAGAGAAGCAUACAAACAAUGUCCAUAUCUUGUCAGGUGGAUGAUGGGCCUGCUGUAGUACAGUUAUGCAGGUGGAAAAUGUCACAACACCAUCUUAAACUAUCGAGAUUUCGAGAAGCUUUUAUAUCUCCAACAAGGUGUCUAUUUGGACUGCUUUCAGAGCAUGGAGAUCUUGUCUUGGCAACUGCUGAGGUCAAACCAUCACAAGUUGAAUCACCUAGUGCUCUCUCAGAUACCAGUAGUCAGACAGUCUUUGAGUUAUUUUCUUCUAUUCCUAGAGUGACGUCUUUAGCAUGGGGAUGCUGUUCUGAUGCUUCUAGUAAGCUUGAGGAUCCAAUUUUUAAUGAACUUCUUGUUGUAUCUAGUGAUGGUUCUAUCACAGUUCAUGCCUUCUGUCGUCCUUACAAGAGCACACUAACAAUGAAUUCCACUUCUGAUACCGAAGAGUUACAUGGGGAGUGGAAAGAGUGGAGCUCAACUGAGUGUUCAAUGUUGGAGGAUUGCGAUUCAGGUCCAAAAAACUGGUUUCGCUCUUUCCUGACUACAAUUACUGCAUCUGUUUCUAGUGGUAAAUACCAGGCCAGAUUUCCCAUGAAAUCCUUAUUACCUCAUUCAGCAGAAGUGGUAUCGUUUAGCAUUUAUGACAUUACUCUGUCCUUCUUGAAGUUCUGGUACAGCGAAUGUCAUCCGAAGACUAGGAUGGAAACUGAUAGUGAAUGGCCACAAGGUUUUCUUAGUCCUUUACCUGUAGCUGAAGCAUCAUGUAGUUGUCCGUGGGAGUGUCUAAAAGUUUUGUCUAGCUCUUCAGGUUAUUUGAUUGGCUUGGUGCUAACUCUUAAUGAAUCAGUAACUUGUGGGGCCCAUCAAUGCAACGUGAAGUGUAUUUUGGUUGCUGUUCUUGAGCUACACCAGUGGGGUAUACAGUGGAACUUUGUGGCAGAUCUUCAGAAUGUACAUGAUAGUGUAGGGCCUAGUCCAAAAUGGGUUGAUUUCCAGCUUUCAGAUAUGUUUCUUGCCUGCCUUAAUACAGCAGGCUUCGUUGCCAUUUGGAAUGUGAAAACUGGUGGUCUUACCACAUCAUUUAGUGUUCUUCAACGGUGCAGAACAGACCUGGAGAUGCCUUUGAGGAGCACUAUGCCCAUUGUAACAAAUUUGGAUGAUGCAAACAGCUCUGUUGGGAAUCUUGUUGGAAGAGUGUUUAAGCGGUUAGUUUUGUCAUCGUAUCCUCUUCUUCUUGCUGUCGAAGAUGAGGUUGGAUUAGUCUAUAUGUUCUAUGCCGAUGACAUCUUAAACUUCAAAGCUAAUAUGCAUGAAAACCUUGAUCUGCCUGCUAUGAAUCAUUAUGGUGAUAUUUUUUCUGCCUGGGAAGCUGCUGGUCAUGAAAUCGGGAGUCUAUCAUUUUGUACUCAUCACUUCAUCAAAGAAGGGUCACUUAGUCCAGCCAAAUUGGUUCCCGAGUUAUCAGGGAAAAACAAUGUUGGUGUUGUCAGGCCUAGGAAAAAAAGAAAGUGUAGCUGCAAUGGAAAUCAAGUGGACAACCGGCCAAGUGGUUUUGUCACUACAGCCCAGAUGAAAGUUGGGGUAUCAUAUCCUGACGCAGUGACUGCAUCUAGUUCCUUACGGAGGGUACUUCUUCCUCCAUGCAGAUUACAAGAUGAUAUAAUUAGCCUGUCUCAGCUUGGACUAACGAGGCUCUUUAAAGGUUCUAAUGCAGAUGGAAACAAGCAUAUCAAAAUUGUUCAUACAGAGUUGCUUAUGUAUUCAUCUUUUCUUGACGAAAGAGAUAUUAAUGGUGGUUUUAUGGACAAAAUACUUCCAUUUGAGAAAGAUUUUGCUUUUGUCGGAGAUUCUGUUGUUUGCUCCUUCCAGGGAUAUCUGUAUUUGAUUACCCAGGAUGGCCUUUCUGUGGUCCUUCCGUUAGUUUCUAUUUCAUCCUUUUCAUCUUGCAGUGAUGCUAUCAAAUUUUGGCAACCGGGUUUUGCUAGUGGUAGUACGUGCAAUGCUCUGAACUUAUUAUCAGUGAACAGAUCUGAAACAAGGUGGAAAACCUGGCAAAUAGAAGUUUUGGAUAGAGCUUUGUUGUAUGAAGGGCCCACACUAGCAGACAGGCUCUGCUGGGAGAAUGGAUGGGACGUGAAAGUCUCUAGGUUACGUUGGUUGCAAUUGGCCCUACAUUACUCAAUGAUUGGUGAUUUAGAGCAAUCAUUGAAUAUGCUUGCUGAGGUCAAUCUUGCAGAAGAAGGUGUUUUGCAACUGCUACUGGCAUCUAUCCAUCGGCUAUUAUGUAGAACUGGAAGUGAUAAUGAAGUUGCAGUCUCAUCCAAGUUAAUGGUUUUAGCCGUCCGCUUUGCAACGAGAAUGAUCAAAUUUUAUGGGCUACGGAAGCAAAACAUAGACAUGCCAGAGGAUUCUGUAAAGCUUCACGAAAUGGCUUCCCUUUUGAGGGUAAUUAGAAGUAUCCAGAGCCGAGUCUCUGCAAAGAACCAGAAUUCUGUUCGGAUGGGAGAUGAUAAGAACUCACUGAAAAUAGGUACAGAAGUAUUGCAAAACGAUUCGCUUCCAGUUGUUGUAGUGGAUGGUGUUUCAUCAGGGCCGUUAGGUGGUUUAGAUGCUCAUGACAGGCAAGAGUCAGCAUCUUCUGUGUUUGAGUUGCUUCCUGAUAGCAACAGGCUGCUAGCUUUAACGCCAGUUGAACCCUCUUUUAGUGCUUCGAAGUUCCAUGAUAUUGAUACUAACCAAGGGACUGCUCAAGUUGGGAGACAAAUUAUUCAAGGAAAUAUCAAGGAUAUGAUUAACAGAUGGGAAAUGAAUAACUUUGACCUGAAAACUGUAGUCAGAGAAGCAUUGCAGUCCGGUCGCCUUCCUUUGGCAGUUCUUCAGCUGCAGCUUUUGCGGCAGAGGGAAUUAGUUUGCAAUGAGGAUUCAGAAGAUGUUUUCUCUGAAGUUCAUGAAAUAGGAAGAUCCAUUGUAUAUGAUCUGUUAAUGAAGGGUGAAACUGGGUUGGCAGUAGCAACACUAGAAAGACUAGGAGAUGAUGUAGAGUCAGACCUAAGACAACUUAUGCAAGGUACUGUCAGGAGGUCACUUAGACUACAAAUUGCUGACGAGAUGAAGAAGCGUGGGUACAUGAGAUCAAAUGAGUGGAAGAUGCUAGAGACCAUAUCACUGAUUGAGCGGUUCUAUCCAAGCAGCAGCUUCUGGGACACAUAUCUUGGCAGGGAGAAUGUCAUUCGUGAUUCUGCAAAGAUUGUUACACUGCCAGGAGAAGAUAAACCAGUAUUAGCUCUCCAUAUUCACCACCACACCCGUAUUGAAUGUGGUGAUGUUGAUGGAGCAGUGCUUGGUUCUUGGGUGAACAUUAAUGAUUACACUGAUUUUAAGGAGUUAUCUGGGAGCAACAUUUCUGAUGGUUAUUGGGCCUGUGCUGCUGUAUGGUCUGAUGCUUGGGAUCAGAGAACUGUGGACCGUAUAUUACUGGACCAGCCUUAUCAUACGCACGCUCAUGUUCCAUGGGAAUCUCAGCUCGAAUAUUUUGUUGCUCAUAACGAUGUGGGGGAAGUCUGCAAAUUAUUGGGCAUGAUUCCCGACAGCGUACUUUUAGAAGGGAUUCUUAGAGUGAAUGUGGACAGUUCACAAGCCGCUGACAGCACUGUUUCUGAUGUAACAGUCCCUGAUUACAACAUGUACAUAUGUGACUCAGAAGAGCUCGAACCUGUUUGUAUGGAGACACCACAUGUGAAUGUAUUUAGAUCCUUGUUGAAUCAUGAAUCAACAUCAUAUAUUAGAAUGGUAAUGCAGCAGGAAUUGGCAGAGAAACACAUUUUUAUGAAAGAGUACUGGCAAAGUACUACUGAAGUUAUACCUGUGCUUGCUCGUGCUGGCAUGCUUAUUAAGGUUGGCCCAAAGAAAGAUUGUUCUACGACAUUUUGUGCUUCAGAGAUGCCAGAUGAUGCCCAUCACCGGGUUCGUGAAGGAGCAUUGCAUAAAUUAGUCAUACGUUUCUGUGUGCAAUAUAACUUGCCGUACCUACUGGACCUCUAUCUGGACAAUUGUAAUCUGGCUUUUGAAAAGGAUUGUAUCCCUUCACUCAUAGAUGCCGCGGGUGAUUGCAGGUGGGCACAAUGGUUACUCUUCUCCAGGGUCAAAGGUUACGAGUAUGAGGCAUCAUUCUUUAAUGCCCGUUGGAAUUUGUCACAGAAAAUGAUUAAUAACAGUAAUCUUAGUGCUAUUGAGGUAGAUGAAAUGUUAUAUACGGUUGAUGAUAUGGCUGAACGAAUUGGUGAAAUGUCCGCACUAGCUACCUUAAUGUAUGCUUCAGCACCAAUGCAGAAAUCCUUAUGUACUGGAAGCGUGAACAGAAAUCAAGGUUUGUCUUCUCAGUGCACAUUAGAGAACCUGGGUCCUUGUCUCCAGCAGUUUCCAACGCUAUGGAAGACCCUUCUUUCUGCUUGUUUUGGGCAAGAUGGGUAUGACUGUUUCAACUAUUCUCCAGCUAACGUGUUCGGAAAGUCAUCAAUUUCAGAGUACUUGCGCUGGCGCUAUAACAUUUUUUCCUCUUCUGGAGGAGACACUUCAUUGUUGCAAAUGCUUCCAUGUUGGUUUCCAAAGUCCGUUAGAAGAUUGAUUCAACUAUAUGAACAGGGCCCUUUUGGAAUGCAACUGCUAUCAAAUGUGCCAUCCUCUGAAGAGUUAUUUACUCACAAUGUCACUGAUUAUAUAUACAAUUCCACUGGAUAUAGUGAAGCUAAUGCACUGUCCUUAGAAGCAUCCAUCCAAAAAAGUGUCGAGGAAGAACUGUACUCUUCCCUUGAGGAGAAAGAUGUGAGGGUAGAACAUCACUUGCACCGUGGUCGAGCACUAGCUGCUUUCCGGCAUCUCCUUGUUAAAAGAGCUUUGCAGUUAAAAUCAGCCAAUGCACGCCAAGUUAUCUCUGCACAGUUUAAUGUUCAAGCAGAUGUACAAUUGAUACUUGCUCCUUUAAGUCAAGCUGAACGAUCAAUUCUUCUAUCGGUAGCUCCACUAGCUAUUACAAACUUUGAGGACUCAACUCUAGUUGCUUCCUGCAUGUUCCUGUUGGAACUCUGUGGUCUGUGUGCCAACAUGCUUCGUUUAGAUAUUGCUGCACUACGGCGCAUCUCUUCCUACUAUAAGUCAGUUCAGCAAGAUAAACAGUUUGAGCUAUCUUCACCAAGGGGCCUGGAGCUCCAUGUGCACUCCUAUGGAUCUGAAGUUGCUCCUGCUCUUGCUAGAGCAUUAGCGGAGGAUUAUGUCCAGUCUGAUCAUCUGCAUGUUUUGGAGCAGACUCAAAUCUCUAGGUCUCCCGAGAGGGAACAACCAUCACAGCCUCUUAUUGCUAUUCUGCAGCACCUGGAAAAAGCAAGUUUGCCAUCAUUAGAUGAAGGUAGAACCUGUGGAUUUUGGCUUUUGACUGGCGUUGGUGACGCAUCUCUUUACCGAUCGCAACAGAAUGAAGCAAGUCAACAUUGGAAAUUGGUUACAGAAUUCUGUCACACACACCAUCUCCCUCUAAGUACAAAAUAUCUUGCUUUACUGGCCAAUGAUAAUGAUUGGGUUGGUUUUCUAACAGAAGCUCAUAUAGCUGGAUUUCCAAUUGAAGUUGUUAUUGAAGUGGCAGCCAAAGAGAUAAGAUAUUCAAGAUUGAGGACGCAUAUACUAACAGUUCUAAAAAAUAUGAUGUUCUUUAGAAGGAAAUCGUCCAGUAAUAUACCUUCAGGAAGAAAUGAUUCAUAUUUCUUGGCUGUUGAUGGCGAGAAUCCUAUGGAACUUUUCUGCAUUCUUGGAGUCUGUGAAAAGCAAAAGAACCCUGGGGAGGCACUCCUGAAUAAAGCAAAACAAAUGCAGUGGUCUUUGCUAGCCAUGAUUGCUUCAUGCUUUCCGGAUGUGACUCCUCUCUCAUGCUUAAGUGUUUGGCUUGAGAUUACAGCCGCAAGGGAGAUGUCCUUGAUCAAGGUGGACGGUAUUUCCUUAAAAGUAGCAAGAAAUGUUGGAUCUGCUGUUGAGGCCACAAAUAAAUUGCCAAGCACGAGUAGGAAUGUUGAAUUUCGUUACAACAGGAAGAAUCCAAAACGAAGACGAUUCCUGGAAGCCUCAUCGGAAAGGUUCACAUUAGGGCUGGAUACCACAUGUGGGCCAAAUUCUGCCGCAACUUCCAAUCCUACAGAUAUUGAUGCUCAUCAGGAAAGAGGAAAGCCAAUCCAUGAAGAAACCAUAAUUCCAGUUGAUAUUGAUGAAAGGCUUGCAUCUUUAUCAAGCAUGGUAGCUGUGCUUUGUGAACAACAGCUGUUUCUACCAUUGCUUAGAGCUUUCGAAAUGUUUAUGCCUUCCUGCUCCCUUCUUCCCUUCAUUCGUUCUCUCCAGGCAUUUUCUCAAAUGCGUCUACCCGAGGCUUCUGCACAUUUGGCAUCAUUUUCAGCAAGAAUAAAAGAUGAAGCCUCUCAUACUCAACUAAACUCUUCCAAAGAAGCAUCAGUUAUAGCAGGAUGGGUGGCUAUUACAGCUGUAAAAGCUGCGGACGCUGUACUCUCAACCUGUCCAUCAAUUUAUGAGAAGAGGUGUUUGCUGCAGUUUCUUGCAGAAGUUGAUUUUGCUGAUGGUGGCGCUUCAUCAUCUUACUUUCGUCGAAGAUUUUGGAAGAUAAAUCUGUCUGAACCUUCUGUGUGCAAAGAUGGUGAUAUCUACAAGUGGAAUGAUUCGAUGGAUGAUGCUUCUCUUUUAACAACAUUAGAAAAGGAUGGUCAAUGGGAGCAAGCUCGCACUUGGGCAAGGCAACUGGAGUUGAGUGGGGAGUCUACUCUUGAUCAUGUCACAGAAUCACAGGCAGAAGCCAUGGUUGCUGAAUGGAAGGAGUUCCUUUGGGAUAUCCCACAAGAACGUGCAGCCUUGUGGGGUCACUGCCAAUCUCUCUUCAUGAGAUAUUCUUUCCCUCCUUUACAGGCUGGAUUAUUUUUCCUUAAGCAUGCUGAGGCUGUAGGAAAAGAGAUACCAGCACGAGAGCUUCAUGAAAUACUACUGCUAUCUUUGCAAUGGCUAAGUGGAACUAUGACGAAAUCCUCUCCGGUCUAUCCUCUGCAUCUUCUGCGGGAAAUUGAGACCAGGGUUUGGCUCCUGGCUGUUGAGUCAGAGAGUCAGUCCAAGGCUGAUGGUGAAUUUGCAGCUUCUGCUGUUGCUCAGAACAUACUUGCUGGCAACAGUACCAGUAUUAUAGAACAGACUGCCAAUGUCAUCACAAAAAUAGACAGUAAUAUGUGUUCGCCACGCAUCAAAGCUACAGAAAGAAAUGGCAUAAAGGACAAUUUAUCAUGCCAACAGCAUGUGCAACUCUUUGAGUCUAACAGUGAAGCAUCAGCAACAACAACAAAUAGCACAAGAGCAAAGCGAAGGGUGAAAGCCAAUCUACCACUUAGACGAGGUGUCAAUGAUAGUGUUGAAAGUAGUACAAAUAAUCCGGAUAACAAUUCUAACAAUUUUCAUAGUUCAAAGAUUGGCGAACAAGCUAGAAAUUUACUCCCUGAAGAGGAGUUUGCAAAGAUGGAAGUGUCUUUAUCUGGUUGGGAGCAAAAUGUUAGGCCUGUAGAUAUGGAGAAGGCUGUGCUCUCCUUACUGGAAUUCGGGAAAAUAACUGCUGCUAAGCAACUCCAACAAAAGCUGUCUCCAUCAUAUGUUCCUGAAGAACUUGUCCUCGCUGAUGUUGCUUUAAUGGUUGCAAAUAACAGCAGUAAUGGAGAGAUCAGUUUGUCGUGCUUUGACACGGAAGCUUUUUCAAUAUUUCAAUCACUCGGAGUAACAAGUAGCAGGGAUAUGAUUGAUCCAUCACAGGCUAUGGAGAGACUAGCUAUGAAAUGUGGUGAGGGCCAUGGGCGAGCUCUUAUUAGGAGAAUAAUGGCAGUUAUUCGAACUGCUAAAGUAUUGGGACUCCCAUUUUCCGAAGCAUUCGAGAAACAGCCAAUUGAACUUCUACAAUUGCUUUCCCUGAAAGCUCAGGAUUCUUUUGAUGAAGCUAAGUUUCUGGUGGAGACACACAUCAUGCCUGCAUCUAGCAUUGCAAGAAUUCUUGCUGAUAAUUUUCUAAAGGGGCUUCUAGCCGCACAUCGUGGAGGUUAUCUGGAUUCCCAAAAGGAAGAAGGUCCUGCACCUCUAUUGUGGAGAUCAAGUGACUUCUUAAAGUGGGCAAAACUAUGCCCCUCAGAACCAGAAAUUGGUCAUGCUUUGAUGCGUUUGGUAAUGACUGGCCAUGAAGUACCACAUGCUUGUGAGGUUGAACUCCUAAUACUGUCGCACCACUUCUACAUGUCUUCUUCUUGUCUUGACGGAGUGGAUGUUCUCGUCACGUUUGCAGCUAAUAGAGUGGACUCAUAUGUUUUAGAAGGGGAUUUUUCUUGUUUAGCUCGCUUGAUCACUGGAGUGAGCAAUUUCCAUUCCUUGAGCUUCAUUCUUUCCAUCCUUGUAGAGAAUGGCCAGUUGGAGUUGCUACUUCAAAAGUACUCUGCCACUGACACAGCCACAGGGACACCUGCAUCAGUUCGAGGAUUUAGGAUGGCUGUUAUUGCAUCACUGAAACAGUUUAAUCCAAAUGACGAUGAUGCUCUCUCUAUGGUAUACAGACACUUUGACAUGAAGCACGAGGCUGCUUCUCUCCUUGAGUUGCGCGCAGAGCAAUGCAUGAACAGCUGGUCAUCUCGAUAUGACAAGGAACGGCAAAAUGAUGAGCUCCUUGAGGCUAUGCAUCACUUUGUAGAGACAGCUGAGGUUCUUUCAACAAUUGACGCUGGUCAAAGGACACAUCGUGCUUGUGCUCGUGCUUCCCUUCUGUCGCUCCAGAUCCGGAUACCUGAUCUUCAGUGGAUUGGUCUUUCAGAAACCAAUGCCCGCCGGAUUUUCGUGGAACAAUGGAGGUUCCAGGAGGCCCUUAUUGUUGCUGAAGCAUACAACAUAAAUCAGCCUAUGGAAUGGGCUCCAGUCUUUUGGAAUCAAAUGCUGAAACCAGAUCUAAUCGAGCAAUUCGUGGCUGAGUUUGUAUCCGUGCUGCCCCUACAGCCACCAAUGCUCCUCGAGCUUGCAAGAUUUUACAGGGCGGAGGUUGCAGCCAGGGGGGAGCAGUCACACUUCUCUGUCUGGCUUUCGCCAGGAGGCUUGCCUGCAGAGUGGGUGAAACAUCUUGGUAGAUCAUUCAGGAGCCUGCUGCGCAGAACGAGGGACAUGAGGCUGAGGCUGCAGUUGGCAACUCUUGCCACAGGAUUUGGUGACGUCCUUGACAUAUGCAAUAGAGUUUUGGACAAAGUCCCAGAGAAUGCUGGUCCGCUGAUUCUAAGGAAGGGCCAUGGGGGUGCAUACCUUCCUCUCAUGUAAAUCUUUUUCUUUUGAUGCAUUUGGUUCAAAACUUUUUGACAGUUAGGUGGUCUCGAAAGGCGGAUGAAUCUCGCGGAGUGAAUAUGUACUGCAUAGGAUGGCAAAAAGAUUAUGUGAGCUUUCUUUGGUCCAGCGUUUGGUGGAUACACAUCGAGGAAUGCAUGGGAGACUUUUCGGUCUGUAUAUACAGCAUGUUGAGUGGAAAAGUUGGAUACAGCCGACAGAAGUGGGUUUUUACAGCUUCGUUGGUCAGAGGUUUUCCCAUGGAGUACAGGUAUCCAUGAUGUUUGAUGUUUGUAAUUUUCUGGCAUACCCAAACAUCUAAAUUCUGUGAAUUUGGUUUGGUUGAAGUCAUUUUCUGGUAUCUUCGCUGCCAGAUGCUA